ACCAGGCGACUGUAUCAGGCUAAAUAACUUUAUAUUUCUGUUGAUGAUCAGUUAAAAGACUCACAUCUUGCUCUUUUCGAUUUCAAACAAGACAUAAAGAUAUUACAGAAAUCUAUCAGAUAACGUCGAGAUGAAUCUUAUAUUGUCUGUUGUCGUGUUUACCUCAGUGAUGUCAUACACAUCAGAACCACUGAAGGAAAAUUCGUAUGUCAACCAGCUCAUUGAAAGCUACGAGAAAAAGAUGGAUGCGGAUCUCGCCAAUUUGAAAUCUCAAAUACUCAACUAUCUUGACAAGAAAGAAAACAUAGCUUGUCUUACAACAGUUCCACCAACAACCACUCCUAAACCAACUACUGGUCAAUCAACCACUCCUAAACCAACUACUGGUAAACCGACAUCUGACAAACAUACCUCGACAACAAUGCAACCUGUGCCAGGAAACAGCAGUUGUGCGACUUUAUUUAAAUCUGGUGAAAGGAAAGAUGGUGUUUAUACCAUCAAUCCUGAUAAUCUCGGAGCGUUCCAAGUCAGAUGUGAUAUGACGUCUGAUGGUGGCGGAUGGACGGUGUUUCAAAGAAGAGUGAGCGGUAGUGUUGACUUCUAUCGUAACUGGCAAAAUUACUCCGAUGGUUUUGGUGAUCUUACUGGGAAUUUAUGGCUCGGCUUGGAUAAAAUACAUCGUUUGACAGAAUCAGGGCAAAAUGUUCUAAGGGUGGAUCUGAUGAACUUUGAUAACGAAACAGCCUAUGCAAAGUAUGUGACGUUUGCUGUGGCUCCAGAGUCUAGCAAUUAUACAUUGAGUGUUGAUGAUUAUUCAGGUAAUGCUACUAACUCCUUAAGUUAUCACGACGGACGUUAUUUCUCAACCUACGACAGAAAUGAUGAUAACCGUUGCGCUAGCGGCUACAAGGCAGCGUGGUGGUUCUAUGAAUGCUAUCAGUCCAGUCUGAACGGUCUGUACUUUAGCGAUGGACGUAGUUCUGAUUUUGGAAUAAGAUGGAAUGGAUGGUCACUAAAUUCUCUGAAAAAAGCCGAGAUGAAAAUCCGUCCUGCUUAAAUUUAGCACGACGACAAAGUUUUUUUCAGGAACUAUAUGAAAUGCUCAUUUUCUUUAUGUCUACUCCGUCAAAAGUCGAAAAAUUUAGAUGAAAAGAUAACGAUUCUCGUGUGCUAGUCUAAUAUUUGGAACAUUUAAAUAACUAUUUGUAAAGAUUUUAAAGUUUAAUUAUUGAAAAAUGUGUUCUAAGCAUUUUACCGCAUAACCUUUCAUCUGUGUUCCAAGAGUUGCAAUUAUCAGACAAGGUGUAAUGUAUCAAAUAUUUAUAAAUCUAUUUCAAUUUAUAUCAGUAUAAAUGAGGCCCCCUUAUAUGCAUGA